AUACACUGUACAGCGGGGCAUGCCCUUCAUUCUUCUUUUAACUGUAGGAUCUGUUUUUCUAUUAUUAUUAAGGACACAGGAGGUUCAAGAAGGUAAAACAGAAUCCGUCCCUCCACCUUUUUCUCUUUAUAAAAGAGAUAAAUAAAGCAGGAAAAUGGAAAUUUACAGCGUCUCUGUUCUUCUACUUCAACUCCUUCUUGGAUCACACACUCCAACUAACCAAAAUGGACCACCGCUUGAUCCGCAAGCUCCGGCCUCGUCUUCUCGCGUGGCUUCGCCGAUCUCGGUCUGGCAGGGUAUUAUUUAUGAAGCGUUUUCCAUACAAGGAUAUAAAGAGAGCAACAGAUGGUUUUCAGAGUAUCAUGUAUACCACUUCUCAUAUAGCUGCUUACAAGGCCAGAUUUCAAGAUGGUGGGGUUGUAUUGAUAAAAGAAAUGAGAGAUUACGAUCAAGGAAAAGAUGCCUUCUACAGAGAAGUGCAACUCUUGGGGCGCUUGCAUCAUCGCCACCUUCUUUCUCUCAAGGGGUUCUCUACUGGACAUAGACGGUUGCUAGUUUUUGACAACAUAGAAAGAGGGAGCUUGAAGGAGCAUCUUACUGAUCCCAUUAGAACUCCCUUGGACUGGAAGACAAGGCUACAAAUAGUCAUUGGUGUGGUAGCUGCAUUGGAAUAUUUGCUUCUCUUCAAUGAACCUCCAAUGUAUCAUGUCUCCAUUAGCUCAAGUAGCAUCAUGCUAGAUGAAAACUUUAAUGCAAAGCUUUCAGAUGUUGGCCUUCAAAGUUCUGGUGAAAAUUAUGUCACAGUACCUCAUACCUCAUGCGCUAAAGAUUGCAUGGGUCAGGAAUGCGGUAACAUCAUGUUCCAGCUUGGGGUGCUGAUACUGGAGCUCAUCACCGGUCAGUCAUCAGAUGACAGGGCUGCUGAUCUGGUUCAAUGGAUCCGAGAGUAUCGCUUCUGUAGCUCCAUUCACAAGAUGCUAGAUCCUGAUCUAGGUAAUAGUUAUGAUUCUAGGGAGCUUAAAAGUCUUCUAGCUGUGGCAAAGUUGUGUGUUAGAUAUGGGGAUAAGCCAAAGACUUCUAUUCUACAGGUACUUCGGUAUCUCCAUAAAAAGAUAGAAAGUCCACAUGACUAGUAUUUUUACUGAAUAUCAUUUCAUAGAGAAAAUUUCCUAUGUUUUGAAAUCCAAUUGAUUGUUUCUUGGAGAGUUUUGUCCUCGCACUCCAAACAUUUGGUGAACAUUUUGCCUUUCUCAGCGGCUCUCAAGUUCUAUUUGGGCUAAUUGGACUCAUACUGAUCUUCUGUUUUCUCAAA